AUGAAGGUAGGGUUUGGAGGAAAGGCUGGACAGAAGAAGAAGAGCAAGAAGAAGGGCGGCAAGGCAAAGAAAAGCAAGGGUGGUGACGCGGCCAUGAAGGACGUCGCAACUGAGCAGCAUGUGGAGGCGGCUCAGGCCGUGCAGCCGACAGCAAAGGACAAGCAGCGCAAUCGCAUGGCACUCAAGCAGCAGCUGAAGGUCAAGGUGGCCGGCUUGAAGUCGCACAGGCAGAAGCUCACGAAGCUCGCAGCAAACAAGGACGCACGCCGGUCGCUCAACAAGGAGAUGCGCUCUCUUGUCAAGGAGCAGCUGGGCAUCUCCAACAAGGGGCGCAGCAGCGAGGCCAGCAAGGCAGGGGGCAGUGGUGAGCAGCCGGCUGCUGGCGGGGGUGGGGGCGGCGAUACCAUGGCCGAGUAG